GGUAUAAAAGGAAAUGAAAGAUACAAAAGGACGGAGGGACUGAAGGAGGGAGACACCAAAGAAGAAGGUCCUUCUGAUCUCAACUAUCAUGUAAACCUCUGUGCAUGAGACAGAAGGUAGGGUGUGGACGGGGACCGAGCGCCAAAGACCAAGCCAGAGGAGACUGCGUCUUGUGUCGAGUGUCGGUGCGACUGUCACCAGCAAGGUCUCUCCCUCUCUCUCUCUCUGGCGUCGCUAGGCAACAGCGCGCGAGCGUGAAGCUCAUCCUCACUGUUCCCCGAUGGUUCGUUGGCUGAGAGAUGGAGGUUCAUUAUAAGUGUGUCCCGAGUGGCGGGAGCUCCUCAGUCGGUGCUCGGCGAGUCACGCCCGUGGCAGAGGAUUGGCGCUGGGUUUACGUUGUCAGCAGUCACACGGCUCUGACACAAGAUGCAGAUGGACAACAGAACGCAGCUUCCUGCAUCUGAUCUGACCCUACGUCACAGCGAUCACCACCAUCCCCACCAUCACCACCACCAACAGCAGAAACACAUCAGCAACUUCAGCCACUUCCUGUCCAGUCACGAGCUGCCGGACAGCUCUCACGUGGAUGGGGACGCCAACGCCUGGAUUUAUGCCAUGCUGCAGCAGAUACAGGGCGAGAAAGCCUUCAACUUCCACCCGGUGACGGAGGCCCUGCUCAUCCUGUCCUACACCCUGUUCAUUGCCUUCGGCUCCUUGGGCAACGGCCUCGUGUGCUACGUGGUGGCACGCAACCCGCACAUGCGCACUCCUCGCAACAUCUUCAUCAUCAACCUGGCGAUCUCGGAUCUGACGCUGUGCGUCUUCACGCAGCCCCUCAACCUCUACCUGCUCCUCCGCACCCAGUGGGAGUUGGGUAGCUUCAUGUGCAAGCUGGUCACCAUGUUCCAGGGUACCAACGUCUUCGUCUCCACCAUCAGCAUCACAGCCAUCGCCCUCGACAGGUUUCAGGUGAUAGUGUACCCGACUAAGGACAGCAUGAAGAAGGUUGGGGCUGCGGUCGGACUUCUGAGUGUGUGGGUCAUCUCCUUCCUGAUGGCCAGCCCCGCCCUCCUCUUCCAAGUCCUGGACGCCGUGCAGCCGCUGAAGGAUUUCCCAGACGUCGUCUUCUACCACUGCAUCGAGGACCAGGACAUGAAGGUGGAGAAGCGGGCGUACACGGUGGCGCAAAUGGUGGUGCAGUACAUCCUGCCCUUCAUCAUUCUCACCGUCGCACACCUGCGCAUCUGCAACAAAUUGCGCUACCGCAUGGUCAACCAGCAGCAGCAACAGCAGCAGCAGCGGGCGCCGCACAGCAAGAGUCCAGCAGGCCGCUCGGCCACCUCGCCCUUCCAGCGCAAGAACGACGACCGCCGCAGUCGCCGGAAGCGGAAGACGAACCUGCUGCUUGGCUCCAUCGCCGUCGUCUUCGCCCUCAGCUGGCUGCCGCUCAACAUCUUCAACCUCCUCAGCGAAUUCCAUCUGCAGCUCUUUAGUUCCGCGGCCAUCAACAAGACAGCAGGUGAAGAACACGUCCUGGAGGGGUCAGUCAACAUCAACCUCGCCUACGCCAUCUGUCAUCUGCUGGUUCUCUGUUCAGCCUGCGUCAACCCGGUGGUCUACGGGUGGUUCAACGACAACUUCAAGGUGGAGUUCCUGAAGAUCCUGGUCUGUCCUUGCUGCACCCAGCUCAAGGUGGCCAUUAAGAGGAUUCUGUGUUGCAAGCGAAGCAAGCCGGAAGUGCCAUCGAUCACGCUAACCAAAGCGUCCAAUGGAAACGGGUCUUACGGAGCUGUUGGACAUUGUGAUGAAGGUGACGGGGAAAAGUUGUCGACUACUUGCGUGGACGCCGCUAAAUCUGUCAACACCUACCUCGCUGUUUCCGAUGCAACUAUUCAUGAGUGUGUUUAGCAAACAUCUGCAAGAAAGUCCUGUGUGCAAGUCAUUCGAUGCUCUGAUUCUUUGUGCAAAUAACGAGUUACCACUCCUGGACAUACAAUACUGUUGGAAGUGAACUUAACAAGAUGCUGUUUUGGAAGUGAGACGAACAAGAUACUAUUCUGAGAGUAAAUAACAAAGUACUGUCUCUGAAAAAAGCAAAAUAUUGUUUUUGGGUGUGAAUAAGGAUUACAGUUUAAGAGAAAAUAAAUCCGAGGACAAGUUGCAAGACUUCUCUCGUUUCUUACAGUUUGCAGCCAUGAGACGUUUGAAAACUAAAAUCUCUUUAUGACAAUGAUUCCUGAAUAACCUGUCUAGACACUAUUUAUGCUCUGUUAUACCAUAGCUAUUCUCUUUUAUUACAUAUUGGAACUGUACAGAAGUUCAGUUGUUUACUCGUGAACACAAAAACAAAAUUGCUUGUCGGACUAAGAACUGACAUCAGAAAAGCUUUGAUGUCUUUCUUUUGUUUUAAAUCACAUUUUUAUUCUAAGGUGUAUUUUUACUUGAACUGCUCACGUGGACAAUCUCAACUUUUGACAGUUCUGUUAAUUAUGUAUGAACUUCUCCAGAAUCUGUAGCUCAGUAUAUGACUUUCGAAACAAAAAGAAAAAAUCUCAGAAAAUUGUAACCGCAUCGUAAUCUCAUUUAUGUCUCCAUGAGCAAGACAGAUGAAUAUUUAAUAUGUGAAAAAGGUCUCUUUAAAGCAUAGUCUAUAAGAAAAUGUAGAGUGAUCUUUGUGCGUGUGUUUUAUGUGUAUGAGAGAGAGAGAGAGAGAUAGGAGAGAGAGAGAUACCACGAGGAACAUAAUUCUAAUUACAUUAUUUUAUAGAAUGCAUCCCGUCUUCAAUUACAUAAUUUCGUUGAAAGAUGUUAAAGAUUUUUAUUAUGGGUGGUGCAGGGUACCUUUGGUGUUGGCUAUUUCUGUUCUGUGCUGUCAUGGAAAGUGAAUCGUGAUAUUAUCUUUUCUAUUGAGUUAGUAGUAGUGUGUGUGUGUGUGAAGUAUUAUACUUUAUUGUACUUUAUGUAUUAAAAAUGUGAAUGGUUGGUCAAAAAGCAUAUGUGCGUGCAUGCGUGAGUGAGUGAGUGACAGAAAGUCCAACAUCCCAGGAUGCAAGGUACCCAAUACCUGUGUUACAUCAAUCGUCGGCUGCAAUAUGAUGUCCAUCGAGUCUUUACAGCGAAUGUCAGACAUGUGAUCACUUGUAUAUAAUAACUUGAAGCUGUACAUUUAUUGGAUGAAAUCACAACUGUUGUUCACUUAGUUGAUUGACUUCAGAGCUUAUACCCUUAUUUAAUGAAUUUGCAAGUUGUAUCUUUAUUUCAUGAGUUCAGAAUACUGAAUAAUGACCUGGCAUUCUGCAAAUAGCAGAUACCUGAGCCCCACAUCACUGACCGUUAUGUUUCUAAGUAUUAAACACA